AUGGAGGGGAGCAACCACACGGUGACUGAGUUUAUCCUUCUGGGCUUCACCACAGAUCCGGUGAUGCAGAUGGUUCUGUUUGGAGUAUUCCUUGGGGUGUACUCACUGACCCUGCUCGGAAAUAGCACCCUCAUAGUGUUGAUCUGUAAUGACUCCCGUCUCCACACACCCAUGUAUUUUUUCAUCGGAAAUCUGUCUUUUCUGGAUCUCUGGUAUUCUUCCGUCUACACGCCAAAGAUUCUAGUGACCUGCAUCUCUGAAGACAAAAGUAUCUCCUUUGCUGGCUGCCUGUGUCAGUUCUUCUUCUCUGCAGGGCUGGCUUAUAGUGAGUGCUAUUUGCUGGUUUCCAUGGCUUACGACCGCUAUGUGGCCAUUUCCAACCCCCUGCUUUAUUCUCAGGCUAUGCCAAAGAGACUAUGCAUCUGUUUGGUUAUAUACUCCUACACUGGGGGCUUUGUCAAUGCAAUAAUACUAACCAGCAACACAUUCACGUUGGAUUUUUGUGGUGACAAUGUCAUCGAUGAUUUUUUCUGUGAUGUCCCACCCCUGGUGAAGUUGGCAUGUGACGUGCAAGACAGCUACCAGGCUGUGCUGUACUUUCUCUUGGCUUCCAACGUCAUAGCCCCCACCGUGCUCAUCCUGGCCUCCUACCUCUUCAUCAUCGCUGCUGUCUUGAGGAUCCUCUCCACCCAGGGCCGCCUCAAGGCCUUCUCCACAUGCUCCUCCCACCUGAUCUCUGUUACCUUAUACUACGGCUCUAUUCUCUACAUCUAUUCUCGCCCAAGUGCCAGCUAUUCCCUAGAGAGGGACAAAAUGGUUUCCACCUUCUACACAGUGGUGUUCCCCAUGUUGAACCCCAUGAUCUACAGCCUGAGGAACAAGGAUGUGAAAGAGGCUCUGAGGAAACUCUUCAAGUGGGCAACCACCUGA